AUGGGGAAAGGAUACCGAGGCGAUAGGCUCAGCAACUUGCCUGACGACAUUUUGCUCAAUUUUCUUGACCGACUCAAUGUCCCCAACGCUGCCAGAACCAGCAUACUCUCCAGACGGUGGAGUCAGCUUUCUACCAUGCUUUCUAGACUGACAAUAAGUGUUUUCGAUUUCCUGCCUCACAUAGGGCCUAUAUUCGAAAUUGAUGAAGUAGUUCGGAGUAAUGCAGCUGUGGUUGAAGCAACCAUGAGCAUCCUGGCACGCAGGGAUGCGGCCCGAAAAACCAUCCACCUGCUGUCGAUGACUUUCUUCUUAAAGGAUGGUGACCCCAUAUCCAUUGGACAUGCUGUUACCAAGACUAUGGCGACACACAAGGUUGAGAUGGCUGAAUUCAUCAUUAUGACAGAGAGGGAUGCCAGUCAGUGCGACGAUGAUGAUCUAGCCAGCUAUGCGAAACAAUUCAUCUCAUUCUUUGACGCUUGCCCAGGUGCAUUUGGUGGUCUCACACGCCUGCACCUUGAAAAUUUGGGAUUUGGUAAAUCAGACAUCACUAACAUCCUCAUCAUUUGUAAGCUAUUAAAGGAUCUAAGUCUGUUCCAUUGUCACACUGGGGAUACGACCACGCUGCAAGUAGAUCACUCUGAACUCAGUGACCUCAGUGUCGUUGAUUGCCGUUUUGAAGAACUUCUGCUGAACUCUGUCCCAAAACUCACAAGGUUGACCUUUGGGGGUUGGAUCUCUUUCCAUUAUCCACUUUCUCUUGGUGAUGCCCCAUUGCUUGAGGCCGUCAACCUCACUAAUGAGCGUCGCAGUUGGCACAAGAUGGUCGGGUUAAGUAAGUUCCUUUCUGGUACCUCUGCGUGA